AUGAUUAUACGGUACCUUAAGCUUAUGCAUAAAACUGAAAGGGACUUGGUGUAUCUAGCGAGCAGGAACUUCCACCAUAGCACUCGCUAUUGUGAAAUGCCAAACGCUGUGACUAUCACAUGGUUUAACUAUCGAUUCAUGGCUUACCUGAAGCCAAAGGCAAUUCCACAAUCUAUCCUCCCUGCCCUCAAUUCAGAAGGAGAGAUCGAGUUCGCAAAUGGUACACUGUGUGGCUAUGGGUUCUUGACCAGAAGGGAAACCGAGGAUAUGUUUGAUAUGCAUAGCCUCGUACAGUGA